CCUCCUCCUCCAUCAUCUAUCACCAUCCCCAAUCAAACCUAUACUCCCUCACCGGAACCACCCAUAAUCAAAAUGUCCAACCAGGAGCAGACCUUCAUUGCCGUCAAGCCCGAUGGCGUCCAGCGUGGCCUCGUUGGCAACAUCAUCUCUCGCUUCGAGAACCGUGGCUUCAAGCUCGUUGCCAUGAAGCUCACCCAGCCCGGCCAGGCCCACCUCGAGAAGCACUACGAGGACCUCAACACCAAGCCCUUCUUCGCUGGUCUCAUCAAGUACAUGAACUCCGGCCCCAUCUGCGCCAUGGUUUGGGAGGGCAAGGACGCCGUCAAGACCGGCCGCACCAUCCUCGGUGCCACCAACCCCCUCGCCUCCGCUCCCGGCACCAUCCGUGGUGACUUUGCUCUCGACAUGGGCCGCAACGUCUGCCACGGCUCCGACUCCGUCGAGAACGCCAAGAAGGAGAUUGCCCUCUGGUUCAAGCCCGAGGAGCUCAACCAGUGGAACCACCACUCCGCUGCCUGGAUCUUCGAGUAAGCGUUUGCUUACAGGAAGUCUGACAGCCUCCCGCUGCUUGCUUAACCUCAAGCAACGGUAUAUCUAAAGGUAUCAUGUCUGUUCCGGUUACAUAAUGGAGGGAUAUAGAGAGCCUGGAUGAUGAAAAUAAUAAGAAAUAAUUCCAAAAA